GGGCUCUGCACAGCCUUGGAGCCCAUCCCGCUGCGGGCCAGGUUCUGACCGGGCUCAGAAGUCUCGAUCCGUCCGUGGCUGCUAGCUCCGAGUGACAGCGCCAGGCCUACGGCUCUAGCUAGUGGGCGGGUAUCCUGUUCAGGCUGCUCAGCCAUCACUGUCCCCUCCCCCAUCCUGUUUGUGAGUACCUAGUUUCUAAGGCAGGUAGCCCCCAACCCUGAUCAGUUAUUUUUUUCCCCACGUGGUUUAUUAUAGCCAAAUGCUUUUUUUUUUUUUGAGUCUGCCCCCAUCAUCUCACCGCCUCCCUAGCACUAAUUUGGAGAAAUCAAGCCAUUAUCAGUUGCUUAGGAGACGCACAGCGCUGUACCUGGAACCUGAUAGCUAGUGUUGUGUUUUAUAAAUUAGCUCCCGUAUCCCUCUCAGGGAUUGAAUUUGGCGUUCUUGCUCUAGAGACUCGAGCAAGUCCUUUAAAAGCUGCAGAGCUGUUGAUUGACAGGAGAAAAGCACAUCUUGGAAUCUGGGUUUUCAGAACUGAAAAUUCAGGGCCUUAAGUAAAAUGGAGUUCAUCGCUCUUAUUUCACAGAAGACACCGGACCUAAAGAGCAUAGUGUUGCUUGAUCAAGAUGAUCAAGGUGCAGCCCUUCCAUGGUUAGGCUUUAGGGCUGCAGACAGUUUUUGUGGCAGGACGGCAGUGCUGGUUCAUCCUGCUUCGGACAAUGUGUCCCCCAGAAGUGACUGCACUUGGCUUGCAGGACUUCUCAGGUUGAUUGGGAAGUUCGGCCUGGCUGUUGCGAUGGCUCUAGAGAGUAGUAGAUAAGUGUUUCUGGGUGAGUUGUACGGCCUAUAUAGUCCAGGCUAGUGUAGAACUGGUGAUCGGUCCAGAUGGUUCCUGGGUGCAGGGACUACAGGUGUGUGCCACCUUGUCUGACCACUGUUUCUUCUUUAGUUUAUUUUAGGCAGCAGUCUUUCAACCGGGGUAUGUUUUAGUUAAGAUCAGAUCAGUGAGCCAGACAGUGGGAUAGACAUGGAAUAUUUCAGGUGACUGGGGUGUAGUUAGGAAGUGGUGAAAAUCUUGGACAGCAAGAAGAACCACACACACACGCACACACUGGACACUUGUGCCCAGCACUAUAGUGACUGACUUUUUUUAAGCUAUAAAUGACCUGUUGUCGCUGUUUGUUUAGUUUUAUAUGUUAACCUUUGCCAGCUGAUUUCAUAGGUGAAUUCCCUAAAAAGGUGGUAUUGUCUCCGUGUUACACAUGUUUUAAGCCUGCAGAAAGGAACCAGAGAGACACGUUCUGACUGUGGUGCCGGUUAUUUGCAGAGGAAUAGCCACAAUGGAUACUGCUAGCCAUAGCCUUGUCCUUCUGCAGCAGCUGAACAUGCAGCGAGAAUUUGGUUUUCUGUGUGAUUGCACAGUUGCUAUUGGAGAUGUUUACUUCAAAGCCCACAGAGCGGUACUUGCUGCCUUUUCCAACUAUUUCAAGAUGAUAUUUAUUCAUCAAACAAGUGAAUGCAUAAAAAUACAACCAACUGACAUCCAGCCUGAUAUAUUCAGCUACUUGUUGCACAUUAUGUACACAGGAAAAGGGCCCAAACAGAUGGUGGACCAUAGUCGUUUGGAGGAAGGGAUCCGAUUUCUCCAUGCAGACUACCUUUCCCACAUUGCAACUGAAGUGAAUCAAGUGUUCUCACCAGAGACUGUACAGACCUCAAAUCUCUAUGGUAUUCAGAUUUCAACAACCCAGAAAACAGCUGUCAAACAAGGGCUGGAGCUGAAAGAAACCCCUCCCAGUAGCAGUGGGAACAGAACUGCUGUCCAAGGUGACCACCCACAGCUGCAGCUCUCCCUUGCUAUUGGGCUGGAUGAUGGGAGUGCAGAGCAGGAGAGGACCCGUCCUGCUGCCCAGGCCUUGGAGGAGCACCAGAAGCCCGCAGUGUCCAUCAAACAGGAGAGAUGUGAUCCAGAGUCUGUGAUCUCCCAAGGCCACUCCUCGUCCUCAUCAGAAGUGACUGGCCCCUCUUUUACAGAAAACAGUAUCAAAGUCCACUUAUGCCAUUACUGUGGGGAGCGUUUCGAAUCCCGUGGUAACCUGAGACAGCACCUCCAUACUCAUGUGUCUGGAUCUCUCCCAUUUGGUGUCCCUGCUUCCAUUUUGGAAAGUAAUGACCUGGGUGAAGUGCAUCCACUUAGUGACAGCAGUGAUGCUCUUGACUGCCGGAGGCUUAGCUCCUUCAUUGUCAAGGAGAACGAGCAGCAGCAGCCACCGCCCGAGCACUCAAGCCGGGGAACCGCCGAGCCUUUACAGAUCAGUCAAGUGUCUGUGAUCUCCAAAGACACAGAGCCAGUAGAAUUAAACUGUAAUUUUUCUUUUUCAAGAAAAAGGAAAAUAAGCUGUACCAUCUGUGGUCAUAAAUUUCUUCGAAAGAGCCAGUUACUGGAACACAUGUAUACACAUAAAGGUAAAUCUUACAGAUAUAACCGAUGCCAAAGGUUUGGAAAUUCACUGGCCCAGAGGUUUCAGCAGUAUUGUGACAGCUGGCCCGAUGUCCCCCUGAAAAGUUCUCGCUUGUCACAAGAACAUUUAGACUUGCCUUGUGCCUUAGAGUCAGAGCUCACACAAGGAAGUGUGGAUACCAUCCUUGUCGAGUAGCAGCUUCUCCUUUAGAAUUUUUAUACCAGUCUUGGAAAAGAUUCAUACGCCGUUUUUAAUUCAUAAAUUAUUUACUUCCUCAUGGUCUGUUGACUUAAAAUAAUCUGUCCCUGGCUUUGAGGUUGUACAUACCAGUUCUUAUUAUAAGACAUGGCUAUUAAAUGUAACUUUCCAAUUAUCCUAUGAACUUUUCUAUAAAUUAAAUGAUAAUUUGAAAAUCAGAAGUUAAUGUAUAAACUUCAAAGUGACUGAUUAUUUAUAAAAUCUCUUGUUUUUCCAGGUUACAGAGUCAGUAAAAUGAACUUGCAUAUGAAGCAGAUGAGAUCUGUUUUAAAGAAUGUUUUAGAGACCGGGAGUGAAGCUCAUCUGUAGAGGGCUUGCCUACAUGUAUGAGGCUCUAGGCUGAGUCUUCAGCGCACACAUGUGUUCACAGACAAACACACUUCAAACCAUCACUCUUGUCUCAUGUUUCAUAUGAAUUAUGUCCUCAUGAAAAUGACUUUUAAAUAUUUUCUGACAUAUAGGAAAUCAAUAGUUAUUUUAAUGUAUAGCUAUAUAUUAUAAUGUAUAAAAAGUUUGUUCUAAGACACGGCUAUACCAAAUCAUGAGUAGUUUUAACUGUCUACUUCCUAGUACCCCAGUCUCUUACAUGGCCUCUUAUUUAAUUAACAUCAAGUAUACCUCAUUUUUAAUAAAAAUAUUCCAGCUAGAAGAAAGGACUGGAGAAGCCAGUGCUAAGGAAGUCUUGGAAAGAAAAACCAGUCCAUACAUAUGUCCAAGCACAGAGGCAGGCUCUGAACCAUCCCUGGGCCGGUGAGCACAGCUACUGUGUCUUUACACACCCAAGGGCAGUUUCAGAUUUCCAUAGCAAGAGUUUUGCCUAGAUUUAAAGAGAAAAAUAAGAUACAAGCCAUCUCUCUAGCUUAAUGCAGCAAAAUUGUCUAGGCUGUCUGGGUUGGUGGUAAUUUUCUGAAAGUCACUCUUACAGGUAAUUUUGCAGUAGUGUGGCUUUCACUUCUUCUGUUAGUAAAACCAGUGAAGUAGAUACAUCCAGUGUUCCAGGUCUAUUUAAAACCCACGCUGGCAGCUCUCCUUCUGUGGAUAUACUUAACUUCUCUUCUAUAGUGGUGACUUAGAAACCUAAAACCCCAGAGAAAUGGAGUUGAUGGACUAAGUGAUGGAUUUACUGUACCUAAAAAAUAGCCCAUCAAAUUUCAUUGUGUUUGAAGUGUUUAAAUUUGAAGGUCUGCACUCAAGGAUAAGAAGGCAAGAAAGACUGCAGGACAGCCCUCCUCCUUCCCCUAUCCUAUUAAAGUCUAAGCUUCACAGACAUUGGAAGAGCAUCUGAGAUGGACCUGACCCCUGCCCGCCCCCAAGUUUGGAAACAAGAGUCUUGGUAUGUGUCCCAGGUUGGCCUUAAACUCUUGGGCACAGCAGUUUUCUGUUUCAGUUUGCCAAGUAGCCAGGACCUUGGGCAUGUGCCAUCGCACAGAUAUUUGAAUACAUCUAAUAAAUGUGAUGCUUAGAUUUUAGCCACAUGCAAAGGCUGAGCUGCUCCUGCCCUGAUAGAACACCUCUGAAGACAUUUCUUAGAGGUUCUUCCCCCUGUCUGUGGGGAGCCUAGAGUAAUCCAGCUAAUUCUGAAACAAAAGUCCUUUCUGGGUAAACAAUGAGUUCAGACAAAUAACAAAGCAGUGGUUUCAGAGACAAUGUUGCCUGCCUCUUGUCCCAGAACUCAGGAGGUUGAUCUCUUGUGAGUUCAAGGCCAGCCUGGUUUGUAGAGUGAGUUGUAGACCAGUUAGCUACAUAGUGAGACCCUGUUUCAAACAAACAAAAAUCACACAUGCAAACCACAUACCAAACCAAAGUAGCAGUUUCCUUGUCUUUAGUUUUUGAGACAUUCUUGCUACAUGGCCCAUUCUGACUUUGAACUCACCAUCUUCCUCCCCUGCCUUCUUAGUGCUGGGAUUAUGGGCUGUACCACCAGCCAGGCUUCAGAGUGGUAACUUGAGAGCCAGGUGAAGAACCCCAUUGGGUGUUGUCUUAAGGCAGCUGAAUUUCUGAUUUAGAGACUUAAGCCCCUGGGGUCAAGACCCAUGUAUAGAGAGCAAAAUCUAUUUAGAGGGGUUGGUUAAACAAGUAUGCUGUUAUGGGGGGAUUACAAUAUAAUGCUACCUUCAAUGAUUUAACCUUAUAGAAACUCAAAUACCAAUUUAAUAUAUUUUAAGCUAUUUAGGAUAUAUUUCCUACUUUUAAUUUUUUUUAAGGAUACAGUGUCAUGUUUAGCCCAGGCUGGCCCCAAACACACUAUAUAGCUGAAGAUGGUUUUAAACUCCUGAUCUGCCUGCUCUUCCUCCAGGCAUUGGCACUAUAGUUGUGCCCCCCAUGCCCAACUCUCCUUAGCCUUCUCAAAUAUAAAAGAACCUAACAAUUUUCAUUUUAAUCUUUUCAUCUUUUCUGUAAUCUUUCUUGUGUACCAAGUCAUUAGUCUUACACAUGAGGCCCUUAUAUAGUUAAAGGGUCCGAAUAGAGGCUUUCAGGGUAGGGGAGUAGGUACAGCAGCUCAAGACAGUCUAGAGAGAUGCUGAAAAAGCUUACCUACAGCUGACGGCCAUGUCAGACACUUCUACUUAAAGUGGAACUAUGAUGUGGGAUUCCCCUCUGUAGGCUGUGAAUAUGUUUUAUAAAAAUGGGUUAAUUCAAGAUGUAAGAGCUAACUAGGAAUACACUAGAGUCAUUGGCCACACGGUGCUGUGAUUAAUAUAGCUUUUGUGUGAUUAUUCGGCUCUGGGCAGCUGGGAAAUGAACAAGCAGUCUCCGUUUACAGAACCGUAUGCAGAAGAGUUAAUAAACAUAUGUUAGUAAAUGAAAUGGAACCCUACCUAGAGUCUGGGGAGGUGGCUCAGCGAGUAAAGUCACCGCUGCUCACAGAUUGGAAGCUGAGGUGAGAGCUAGGUAUGGCGCCUGCCGUCCCAAUGCUGGUGGGGAGCAGAGACAGGAAGACGGCAGAUGCUCUCAGGCCAGCCCCACAGAAAGAAGCUCCAGCUUCCAAGAGACCCGUGUCUCAAAACCUGAGAUAGAGAAGUUAUUAGGAAAGAUGUGUCACCAGUCUCUGGUCUCAACACAUGCCUACACGUGUGCACACACCCACACACAUGCAUAUCCCACACACACAUACAGAAUAAGUGGAAGUCUAUGAGUUUGGAGAAAAUAUUAGUUCACCUGGUUCCUAAUGCUCUUAAAGUUCUCUUGUCCCAAGAGAUUCCUCUCAUUUACAAAGCUCCUUUUAAUACCAGGCCAAAAAGACAAAAUGCUGGGUCUUGCUCAUCUGUAACCCCAGCUGUCAGUAGACUGAGGCAGGAAGAGCAGGAAGAGCUACAUGGUGAGACCCUAACUCAGUCCGCAAUAAUUGUUUUAGGAAGUGGAGAAAUGUUAGUUUCAUUUUAUGGAAAAAGUUCCCUAAAGCUUGUUUUUACAGAGGCAUGUAGUCAGUGGGAUGGCAUCUGCUGUCACUUUGUUUUGAUUUUUAAAGAUUUAUUUAUCUUUAUGUUACAUGGUAUGUGUUGAGUGUUUUGCUUGCAUGUGCUUCUGUGCACAGCAUGUGUGCAGUGCCCGUGGAGGCCAGGAAAGGGCAUCAGAGCCUCCGGAACUCAAGUGGGUGUGGGAACUGAGCCCAGGUUCUCCUCUAGGGCAGCAAGUGCCCUUAAACACUGAGUCAUCUCUCCAGCCUGUUUUGGUUUUUUGAGGUGAGGUCUCACUGUAUGGCCCAUGCUGGCCCAGAACAGUCCCUUGUCAACCUCCUAAGGGCUGGGAUGGCAUACAUGCACUGUCAUGGGUAGUUUUGGUUUUGGUUUUUUAAGGACAUGAUUUGUCAUUGUGAGGGAGGGGAAAAGUCUUCAUAUUUUAAAAGUUUUUUCAGGAAAACAGCUUUGCUCUUUACCACAUCUGUAAAAUGGAGAUUUGUCUCUGUCUUAGCAGUGUGGUUUGUGUAAUGGUUGCCGAGUUGAGCCAGGAAUUGUCUGCUGGAUGUACUUUGUUGCCUAAUGUCGCCCUCUUGUGUUGAGGUAGAUAAUCUCUGCUGGCUAACAUUUUGAAGGCACGGUGGGAAAAAAGCCCCAGUUCUUACCAACUGGCUCUGUGUUAAGCAGAUAUUUAAUAGAUCUCCACUUGGGCCAGCUUUAAACCCCCUCUUCUUCCCGGAUCCUGCAUCAUGGUGUUUUCUGGAGAAAAGCAGAGACUGUCUCAGCAUUUGUUCUUAGUGGGGGAGCCCAGUAAAUACAGUCUGCCUUUUAUACCAAUGUUGUUGUUUUUACUGUAUAGCCUUGAGAUGGUUACUUCUCCUAUUGACCUCCCAGAUAAAGUGACACCCACCUCACAGGGAUGCCGUCAGGCUUCGGACUAAAAUUGUGUUAGUGCACUGAUGAAAACCAACCUCUGAGGAAACUUCCAUAGCUAGAGCCCUAUUCAGUAUUUCUCCCUGUAGAUUCUAGAAAAUGUUUGAAGCAGUCAUGCACUACUUACUAGACAAUUAGCUGAGGAAACUGUUUUUUACAAAAAUACUCUGGAAAUAGCAGUGUUACUUGAAUUCUUACUCUACUGUUUACUCUUCGGCAAGGAAAAGGAGGAUUAGCGUUGUUGGGAGUAAAAUACACCACUUCAGCAUUAAUGAGACUUUCCCCCAAAUACAUUGUUUUCAUAAAAAAAAAAAACAAAUAAAAUGGAAAAAAAGUCCCAUCGUUUCUUGGAUGAAGAUGGUCUAAACAGUAGACGGAGGAAAGAAGAGGAAUGAGGACGCUACCUAGGAGCUCGCCAAGGUUCUGUGGAACACCGCGGAAGCUCCUGACGGUCGUGAAGAGCCAGGACAGACCCUGAAGCCUGUCUGCACAGGCAGUUCUUGAUACGGAAACUCGGAUUCCCGACGAAGGCUUGAUAGGGGUUUUUGUGGGAACUGCGCUACAAGUCGGUCGUGCAGAGAUCCUUUACAGUGUAACUUGUGUGUCUUCGUGUGCUUAGGCUUUUAUCUGUGACAUUUCUUUAUGAUGCGUUGUUAAAUUCCUAGGAGUGAGCCCUGUAAAUGCUUCUGUGCUGAACCA